UCCUUUUCCUUUCUCUUGUUCGUGAAGUCAGACGCACAGCAGCAGCAAGGAGGAUUUUCCUUUUCCUCUCCUCCUUCAAAUCUUUUUUUCCUCUUUAAAUUCACUCUGGAACUCCAAAUUUUGUGCAGUUUUUGCCCACGAACUUAGACUAUCUCAGCGAGACAAUCUCUACCCUCGAAGGGUGACAGUCUUUCAGAGCGUGGAUUAGACAGAGAUGGCAAAUCAAGGUGCAAAGAAGCGCAAGGAAGAGAAUGCCCGCCACAUGGCCAAUCUCCGUCACCUCAUCAUGGCCUGUAAUGUUAUUUAUGUGCUAGUAAGGAUGCUCAUCUUCCAUUCUAGCUUCACCUGGAAAAAUUGGGUUGCUUUGCUUCUCACUUCUCUCGCUUAUUACUUUCCCUAUCAACAACUGGCCCAAAUGGCAAAUCCUUCUUAUGGCGAUGAUGGGGAACUUCUAGAUGGUGGCUUUGAUAUGACUACUGGUGGAGUAUGCGGGUAUUUGCAUGAUGUCAUCUACAUCACAUGCUUCGUGCAAGUCAUGUCCAUAAUCUCUGGAAAAUUUUGGUACACAUAUCUGCUGAUACCAGGUUUUGGAGCAUACAAAUCAUUCGGUUUAAUUAGAGGAUUUAUGUCUCAAGGUUCAGAGGGGGGUGUUGAGGAUGAAAAGACUCGGAAGAAGAGGGAAAAGUUGGAGAAGAAGGCUUCAAGACCCCAGUUUGUCAAGACAAGAAAUAGAUAAGGUACUUUAAAAUGAGCCAACCUACCAUUGCUUAAACUGACUACACUUGCACUCGUACCAUCAAGUUUCCUCACAAAAGAUACAAACCCGGCUACUCUUAAUUUUGACACAGGCUGUUCAAAUCCAGGAAAAAUAUGACCAAAGGCUGCGCUCAUAGUUGAGUACCGCUAGUAUGGGUUACAAUGUCUUGCUUGAGUACUUGAACUGCCUACUAUUGUUUAGGAUCAGAUUCGUUUUAGCAAACAUCGCUUUUGGGCAAUAUGCUAUAACUGAAUAGCUCAAGUAAUGUUCAGUUUCACGUUGAUCUUGUUGCUUUUGAAUACUUCUUAUUGAUUUAGUCUCAAAAUUGAUAUGAAUUUUGAAUUUGUGCGAUA